AUGCCGAUUUCAGGAAUUUUCGGUCUUAUUUCAAACGAGCUGAUGUUCAGUGAAAAGGUCGUUGAGGAGCGGCCGCCUAAUCGAACUUUCUACUACAGUCUCCUAUUUCGUGAUGUCAAAUCCCUCAACUUCACUUCUCCAAGAAUACACAACGAGUCGCAGGUCAUAGUGAUUGUGUGUACGAAACCGGGUGAUAUCAGUAUUCGCAAUGUUAUUCGUCAAACCUGGGCGAACGCGCUUUUUUCCGAAGCUGUUCAUAAUAAAUCUGUAUCGGUCAUAUUCCUCAUAGGCACCGGCUAUGUUUCUCUCUCAGUUAGGGAAGAGAUGCGAAAAUACAACGACAUCUUGCAAGUUGAUGUACCCGAUUCAUAUGGCAAUCUUGUCUACAAGAAUAAAUCUGUAUCCGUCAUAUUCCUCAUAGGCACCGGCUAUGUUUCUCUCUCGGUUAGGGAAGAGAUGCGAAAACACAACGAUAUAUUGCAAGUUGAUGUACCCGAUUCAUAUGGCAAUCUUGUCUACAAGAUUUUUGCCGCAUAUCGGUUGAUUUCUGCCAACUAUCCGGACAAAUUCGUGCUCAAAGUCGACUCUGACGUGGUUCUCCUCCUUGACAAGACGAAAGAUCCAUUAAAUGCUAUGUGCACCACCGUGCGCACCCCAUUCGUGAAACUGGCAGCAAAUGGUACAUUCCCGAGUCAUCGUAUCCUGAGGAGUAUCUGCCCGACUACUUGUAGCGGUCCAACGUACCUCAUGACACCCGCAGCGUUGGCAGCACUUAUGGAAGUCGUGUGGGAAGCCAAGGUGUUUGAAGUCGAGGACGCGUUCUUCACUGGUGUUCUGGCCAGGCUAGCUGGUGUACGGAUACGAACGGAACGGAUUCUGGGAUCGAUU